AUGGGUGAACCCAUCGUUAAUGGCGAGAAGGCCCAUUCUCAGUUCCUGGAUCACCUUGUCUCCUAUCCCUUCAUCUCAGACUCUAUCAGUCUCUUCAAGAGCAAUCCAUAUGGUGCCAAGUCACUCGAGUAUGCUGAUCAAGGCUAUGCUCGUUUCGCCAAGCCUGUCUUGCCCUACUUCUCUACACCUUACAGCUACAUCGCCCCAUACGUGACUCGUGCCGAUUCCUUGGGUGACCAGGGUCUGAGUCAAAUUGAUAACCAUUUCCCUCUUAUCCGUGAAGAGACCCAGAAGAUCCGUGGCACUAUCUAUAACCACGCCUCGUACCCAGUUCGCGUUGCUGGCGAUGUCAAGGACCACGUCUUCGAUACCUAUGGCACCGAGUACAAGAAGGCUGGCGGGUCUGGUAUUAUGAACACUGGAAAGGCAGCUUUCACUACAAGCUUGUUGUUAUCGCAGGAGUCUCUGGGCUGGGUCUAUGGACUUGUCCAGAAGACUAAGGAGGAGGUUAAGGAAGCCGUACACGAGAAGACCAACCACUAA